AUGCCGACAAUUUCUGUAAAACGUGAUGCACUUUUCGCAGCCUUGGGAAAAUCUUACAGUAAUGUUGCAUUCAAUCAUAAUAUGAUAAUAUACAGGGUGACUGCUGAUGAGGAAUUCCAAGAUGUGUGUUUUGAAUUUGGGCUGGAAUUGGAUGAAGUGACAACAGAGAAGCAGAUGUUGAUAAAGGAGCAAGGAGAUCAAGCAGGUGCUGGAGUAUCAGAGGAGGUUUUAUAUCGAAUUGAUAUACCAGCUAAUAGAUAUGAUUUGCUGUGCCUUGAAGGACUUGUCAAUGGUAUACUUGUAUUUCAGGGCAAGAAAUCCCCACCGAUUUUCAAGUUAAAAAAGUAUGAAGAUUGCUACUCCCUACAUUUAACACCAGCUACAGCUCAAAUCAGGCCUUAUGCUGUGGCAGCUGUACUUAAAGGAAUAUCUUUCACUAAAGCUAGCUAUGAUAGCUUCAUAGAAUUACAGGAUAAAUUACAUCAAAACAUCUGUAGAAAACGAACGCUAGUAGCUAUUGGUACACAUGAUCUGGAUACUAUUCAGGGUCCAUUUGUGUAUGAUGCUUUACCACCAAAUGAGAUUAAAUUCAAAGCUCUCAAUCAAACCAAGGAGAUGACUGCUCCAGAAUUAAUGGAAUUAUACUCUACUCAUGCUCAACUUAAACAAUAUCUAAAUAUUAUAAGAGACAGCCCUGUAUAUCCAAUUAUUAAGGAUAAAAAUGGUGUUGUGCUGUCUAUGCCUCCGAUCAUCAAUGGAGAUCACUCCAAGAUCACACUCGACACUAAGAAUGUUUUCAUCGAGUGUACUGCCACUGAUCUCACAAAGGCAAUAGUAGUGUUGGACACGAUUGUGUGUAUGUUCUCUGAGUAUUGUGCCAAUAAAUAUGAAAUACAACAAUGCAAAGUGUUCUCACCCGAUGGAACUUAUGAGUUAUAUCCUCAGCUUGAAUAUAGGGAUGAAGUUAUAAGUGUUGAAAAAGCCAACAAAUAUAUAGGGAUUAAUGAGUCCAGUGACGUUCUAUCCUCCCUCCUCUCCCGCAUGUGUCUUUUGUCUGUUCCGAGCGGCGACCAGCUCACAGUCCGCGUGCCCCCCACUAGGCAUGACGUCAUACACGCCUGCGACCUCUACGAAGACAUCGCCAUCGCUUAUGGUUAUAACAACAUCCCUCGUCGUCCGUCCCGUGUUGUGUCUUGUGGAGCUCAGGAGCCGCUCAGUAAACUUACUGAGCAACUGCGACACGCGUGUGCUUGUGCUGGGUACACUGAAGCACUCACCUUCACACUUUGUUCUCGUGAAGAUGUAUCAACAAAACUUGGUUACAAAAUAGAAGAUAUCCCAGCGGUUCAUAUUUCAAACCCUAAAACGCUGGAGUUCCAAGUAGUGAGGACGUUGUUGUUACCUGGAUUGCUUAAAACACUCGCUGCCAACAAGAAGAUGCCCUUACCGUUGAAGCUGUUUGAGAUUAGUGACGUCGUCAUCAAAGAUGAGAACGAGGAGACGGGUGCCCGUAAUGAGCGUCGUCUGUGCGGUGUUUACUGCGGCAAGGCUGGUGGCUUUCAGUUCGUGCACGGAUUACUUGACAGACUGCUGUCGUCACUGAGAGUGGCGCAUAAAGAAGAUUACUAUUUAAAGCCUUGUCAAGAUCCUACGUAUUUCCCCGGACGUUGCGCUGAGGUCGUACUACAAGGUCAAGUCAUCGGCAAAAUAGGUGUCAUCCAUCCGAAUGUACUGACAGCAUUCGAACUUACCAACCCUUGCUCCGCUGUGGAAAUUAAUAUUGAACCGUUCUUGUGA